AUGGCGGUAGCAACGGGCAACAAUGCCCCAGGGCUACCCCAGCCAGUCUUCGAGUCACUUCUUCAGCGAAUCGAAGGCGAUCUUUUGGCCGCCAUCAAGGCGGCGCCUGGCUACAGCCUCCUCUACGAGCCCAGCGAGGAGCUCCUCCGAUACUGCAGAGAUCUCUUGGCCGGCGGCAAGAGUGGCAAUUCAGUCAAGGACUGGCGCUGUGUGAUGAACAAGCGCAUCGCGCUGUCUUACAAAGAGAAGCCACAGGAGUUGGUUUGGCUCGACGAUAAGCUUGAGCAAGUGGAUCGGACGUCGGCCCUCCUAAAAGGGGAGCGCCAUCUGCCACUGCUUGGUCAUACAGAUAAGGGAGAUGCGGUGGGCUUGAAAAAGCUGUCUCAAAAGUUGAGGGCCUGUUCCCAGCCGGUUGUGGUGAAGCCCCGGCACGGCUCGAACUCCAAGCACGUCUUCCUCUGGCCGAAGCCGCAGGAGGUUGACGCGACAGCGCUGGAGGAGAGUGUCCUGAAGGCAUCAGAGUCUCAUGACAAGUCCUGGGGCAAGGAGUCCUGGAACCAGAAUGCCGUGCCAAAAGGCGUGUUGCUGCAGCCGAUGUAUGCGUCUUUGGCUGAGUUCCUGCACGGCGCUCAAGGUGGAGAGGCACAAGCAGAUCAUCACGCCUUCGAGCGCGGUGUUUGUCCAAAGUACCUGAGGCCCCUGGAGCUCAAGGUACAAGUUCUCUUCGGUGAAGUUGUGGGUGCACAGCUGAAUACCCAUCCGCAGUAUCUCUGGGUGGCUAGAGAUGGCAGUCUCCACCUUUGGGAUCAGACUGCUGAAGGAUUUCAGACUCGGCAUGCCAAAGAACCGGAGGAGCUCCCACAAGAGCUUGUGAAUCCCCUGCGAGAAACACUCCAGGAGCACUGGCAGCGACUGCGGUGCGAUUCGGAGCAGCUCGCAAAAUUGGCGGGCUUGGACGAGAUUCGCGUGGACUGGCUGCUCGGGGAUCCAAAGUGGGGGCCCCGUAUAGGCGAGUUGACCCACCUGGGUACUUUCGCUAUUGAGCUGAUGCCU